AUGAGGCAGUUGAUCACGGCACAGUUUAUUAAGGUUUACUCUGAAGCAGUGGAAAGGGCUUUGAUGCUGGAGGCUGACAAUAGAGAGAAGGAUGCAAGAAGAGAGCAAUUGAAGCAAAAGAGGGGUGCAGGGCCAUCCUCAGAGAGAUCUUCUUGGAAAAGGAACAGGGGUAGGCCAUCUCAAUUUCAGGGGCAACAGUCUACAAGACCUGCUCCUACCAAUCCUAUGCCAGCUGGAUCUGACAGGAGUGCAGUUGUUUGUUAUCAGUGUCAGCAGCCCGGACAUUACAAGUCCAGUUGUCCGAUGAGAUCGUUUUCAGUUUCGUCAGCUCCGAAGGCUUGUUAUAGGUGUGGCCAGCAGGGUCACUUGAUUCGUGAUUGUCCGAGUCAGAGAGCAGGCACCAUUAGUGGCAGAGGCAGUCAGGUGUUCAGGUUGGCAGUCCUCAGGCACAGGUACCACAGGGACAUGUUUUUGCACUGGCAUAGACUGAUGCAUCUUCUGGACCGUCAGUCCUUCGAGGUAUAUUUCUAG